GCAAAUUUAGAAAACAAACCAGUAAAUGGCCGCAGACCAGAACUCAUGGAAUGCAGUAUAUGUGGUCAUGGUGAAAAAUACAGGGUGAAAACAAACCAAACAGUACCCAUUGAAAAUGUGCAGUCUAAGGAGAAAGAAAGAAUGACAGGCUUAGAAGCAGAGAAGUGGGCACAUAAUGAGAAGCCAUCUUUUGGUGUCCAUGUCAAUGGAGAUAUCCAUGGAACUGUGACAGGCAAUGAACACUUGAAAAACGAUGAAGACGGUGAAAGAGCAGUCUCUCCCAGUCACUUAGUUGAGCCAAAAAAUUCAUUUGCACAGACCAUCAAAAAUGGCAUAAAACCCCUACAUUAUUCGUCACCAGAAACAGUUGCUUCACUGAAAAAAGUGUCUGUAGCGGAAAGAACAGAUUUGACAAGCAACUCCCGUAUGCAAUGGACAAAGGAUACUAAUCUGAGUAACAUAGUAAACACUCUGGUGACUGGUGUUGGCUGUGUUCAACCAGAAAAACAAGGAAAUGUUUUGGUGAAAGAGGAAAACUGCACUUGCAGCAUCUUUGAAAAUUAUGGUAAGUCAGUUUUGCAGACAGGUUCCAUUUCAGAUCUGCAAGAAAGCUUGUGUUGCUCUCAACUGCCUGAAGAGGAAGAGCAUGUGGGGAAGGAUGGCUUUAAACUACCUAAUGCAGAGACACAGCAUGAAGAUUCUUCGUUCCAGCCGACUUUCUUGUCCCUGAUUAAAACGAGAAAUUUAACUGUAGAGCAGGUUGUAGCUAUUGAAGCUUUAACACAGUUAUCUGAAGUCCCUUUAGAAACAACUUCACCAGCUAAAACUGCAAGUACCGAACAUACAGAAGAAACAACUUCCAACUUGCUCCAUAACUAUAAAAGGGAUAUCUCCUCCUCCUUCACAUCUUCUGCGUUAGAAGAAAUCAAAGACACUUUCUUACAGAAUGAACAACAGCUCUUGGCUCACUGCACUCACUCGCAGAAGCCGCUCCCUAAUAAGGCAGUGUUAUACAAUGGCCAAAGCUCGAUUUCUGAUUUGCGUGAAAAACCUGCCAAUCUGGCUGGCGAGAUGUAUAAAUUACAGUUAGCCUCAAGAGAUACCAAAACUUUAUCUGACUUAACAUCUAAUGCAACAUCAUUUUCAGGAUAUACUACCAAGAAAAAUUAUACUCAUGAUCCAGUCACCCUUGCACGGUAUUGCAAUGCUUCACAUAAUGUCCAGCAAACAAGUAAUAGCUUGGAAACUCUUGGCCAGUUAGAGCAAAAGCCAACUUGUAAUGAUUUGAACUUGGAACCUAGUUCUUUGAUUAAAGGAGGAGUUCACAGCCAGGAUGAAGAGGAUGUAGCUACACAACUAACUCAACUUGCAGCGCUAAUUGAAUCAAACCAGACAAAUCCUGAGCGGAAGAAUGACAUAAAGGCAUCACUGCUUAAUCUAAUAUCACAGGAGAGGCAGCCAAAAUAUAACCAAGAUGUGUUGCAGAAAAAAGAAUCUGUAUUUUUUAAGCAUAAUCAUAGUUCCUUACUGUUAAAACAGAAGCAGCCAACAAAUAAAAAAGGAAAUGCUGUACCAUGGAAACCAAGACACAAAAAGAAGCCUCAAGAAGCACGCUAUCAACAAAAUAAUCGAAACCAGCUGCAGCUGUUGUCAUGCCAGCGUAGCGAGUUACAGGACAUUUGGAUAUCGUCAAAACUGCACAAGUUUGGUCAAACCAUGCCACAGGACUCCAGAAUGACUCCGUCUGAAAAAAAGUCUCCAAGAACCAAAGCACAGAGAGCACUGAAUCAAAAUACUUUAGCAUCACAAGAAAAAACUAGAUUAUUUCUCCCACAAACACAGAUAAAAUUCCAUAGAUGUUCACCUGAGGUACCUCAAGAGAAAAAAAAAGACAGGUUAUUUGGCUGUGAAGUGGUGAAUGAGCAAAUCAAAACUGCAGGUUCUGGUGAGCCACUAGGCAUUGAUCCUCUGAAAAAUGAAGUUGUUGCACGUAACCAACAUAGUGACCUGUCCUCCCAUAAUGCUCUGGCUGUUUCACAGUUGAAAACAGCAUCCUUAUUGAACAGACCAAGUGAAAGCCUACAGAUGUUUACAGAAAAAUGCAAUUCUCAGGUACAGCCAACAGCGAAUGUCAGUCAGAUACACCCUUUGCCUCAAACUUUUAAUCAGUCUAACCUGAGAGCUAAUGAAAUCCAUAGUGAAGACAAAACCUAUAUUCAGCAGGGUGCUGUUGAACAAGUAGAUCCAAAGUCGCAGGUGCUGCCUGUUUCCUGUGGUGGAGCCCAGGUACCAGGUUCUGUUGAAGCUCUCAGGAACAUGGAGUAUGCGGGCGAAGUCACCGUUCUGACAUCAACCAGUUUGGGUACUGACCACCCGCAGAGCACAAGCGACUCAGGGUGCUCUCCAGCAAAAAACACGCUCAGCAGUUUCCUUGAAUCACCUAUGAAGUUUCUUGAUACCCCUACAAAAAAUUUAAUAGAUACGCCUACAAAAAAAGGACAGUCUGAAUUGCCAACUUGUGACUGUGUUGAGCAAAUUAUAGAGAAAGAUGAAGGCCCAUAUUACACACACCUCGGGACAGGACCAAGUGUUGCUGCUGUGAGAGAAAUAAUGGAGAACAGAUAUGGAGCAAAAGGAAGCGCUGUAAGAAUAGAGGUAGUGGUUUAUACAGGAAAGGAAGGAAAAAGCUCUCAGGGGUGUCCAAUUGCCAAGUGGGUGAUACGAAGAAGUAGUGAUGAGGAAAAGUUGUUGUGCUUGGUACGUCAGCGUGCAGGACACCACUGUCAAACUGCCGUCAUCGUGAUUCUCAUAUUGGCCUGGGAAGGGAUCCCUCAUCUCCUGGCUGAUACGCUGUACAAAGAACUGACACAGAGCCUCAGAAAAUAUGGCUGUCCCCCCAGCCGUAGAUGUGCAUUAAAUGAAGAUCGUACUUGUGCAUGCCAAGGACUUGAUCCGGAAACUUGUGGAGCAUCGUUCUCAUUUGGCUGUUCAUGGAGCAUGUAUUUCAAUGGCUGUAAGUUUGCCAGAAGCAAGAACCCGAGGAAAUUUAGGCUUCUCACUGAUGACCCUAAACAA